GUGUCCCUUCGCAUUCAAAAGCGCCGAAAGAGAGAAACCUAACAACGCCAUAGCGUUCUCUAACUCAUCGUGCGAGGUCCCUCGACCUCCGCACAACCCCAACUCUAAGGGGCUGUGCAUGUUUUCCACGCCCAUGUCGGAAUCGGAUGUCCACGCGCAGCCGCCACCCUUCCUGCUCCAGCGUCCACCGCUCCUGCAGUCUGCGCCGCCGCUCUUCAAGCAGCGAUCAUGGUCGCCGGAUGUCUACCGUGACGAGGCCUGGCUCCGCCGCAAGGGAAACUGGAAGAACCGCCGCAGCAAGAGCGUCACAGACGAGGAUGUGGACGAACUCAAAGCCUGCAUCGAAUUGGGCUUCGGAUUCGAAUCCUCCCCUGAGGUUGAGCUUGAUCACCGCCUCUCCGAUACCCUACCAGCUCUAGGUCUCUACUACGCCGUCAACAAACACUACAACGAAUCCCUUGUCCCCAAGACCACACCGUCUUCCUCCGUUGCAUCUGACUGCGAAGGCACUCCUUCUCCCCACGGCAGUCCCCACUCUACCAUCUUCACCACAGGUGAUAACCCUCAGACGGUGAAGACGAGGCUGAAGCAGUGGGCUCAGGUUGUUGGUUGUGCGGUGCGUCAAAGUUCUAGCUGAAUGGAUUAUAUGAUGCGAUGAUGAUCCUUGAUCCGGAACCGAAGCAGGGUUGUGAAACCUAAAUCAUUACAAUAGAAACUGUGAUUGAUAUAAAUGACAACUAUUUCUCACCGAACUGAAGCGAUGGCGGACCCUGUUUAACCACCCGAUUGUGAGGGAAGCAAAGUAGGUAGUUAGUAAUACAUGUGGGGUGUCGGCAGAGCCUUGUUUUGUGAUGUACUUGUGGAAUAUGUGAUGACUACUAAGUUAGAUCUAUUAUAGUAUUGUCUAUGUGAUGUGGUAGAAGUACGUACAUUUAGUUUUGUCUUUGUUUUUGUGUUUGUGGUGAGUGUGUGAAAAGAAAAGUGAAAAGGUGUUGGUUCUACUAGUGCAUUUGAAUCCAGUACUGUGUGUGCUGCUCUGCUCUACUCUGCUCAACUUUGGUAUCUGUAGUUUCUCUUUCCUCUUGGAUUUGCCUGGUAGCUUGGUUGGAGAAGCGAAGAAUAUAACUUGAACGAGGGAUAGAGCUUGCUUUCUAACAUGGACCUGGUAGCAGUACGAUUCAACUUAUGUCUUUCGUGAAAGGUAAGACAGGGAAGCUUCAAAUUUCAACAUUCUCCUGUUCGUCUGGGUCUGAGAAUAUUGCGCUGCUGGCAUGACUACUUUGUGUUUCUUACCUUUUGUACUUUUAGCUAGCUUCCCUCUGUCAUCACUUAUUUUCCACCCAUUUUCCAGAGACAGAGUGGCAAUGGAAUGGAAAGUCUCCAGUGUUGACUUUUUUUACGCGGAGACUGCCGUCAAGUCAAUCCAUUCCGACUAACAUCAAAGAAAUUGCAGUGACCGGUUAUGUGUUGAACACCUAUGUCACGAGAACUGUGCCAUCCAUGAAAAAAUUGAAGGUUAGGAUGAAGGCUAAUGUUCGGCCUGCACUCAUUUGAGGUGAAUUUGGAUGAUAGUAAUAGAGAGAUAAGAAAAGUGAAAAAGAUAAUAGUAGAUAUAAAAAAUGGUGUGGUUAAAAGAAAAUACAUUGAAAUGAGAGUAAAUUUAUAAUCUUGAGAGGUAGGGAAUAUCUGACUAUAUAAUCUGGAUAUAUCUGACUAUGUAAUCUGGAUAUAACAAACACAAUUGAGUGUAGCUAGAAAACGUUAUGAGUCAUUUGCACGGAACAUAUGAACAAAUCGGGAAAGAAACUACGAAUCCAUGGAAGUUUUAGCAGAGCUUGGAGUUUUAGCAGAACAGAACGUUGAGCUAAAACAUAUUGCAAUAUAUUGUCCUUUCUCAACAAACCAUAGUUUAUAAUUCUGCAUGUAUAAGUUACAUGACUGUUCAGUGAUAUACCUAUUUUUCUCGU